GCCGAAUAUGUUCCGCGAGCUCUCUGCAAAGUGCCGAACUUCAAGCCGCCCCCCACGAUCAUAGACAACGGGCCGUUUGAUGGCGUAACCAACUAUCGUGUUGAUUACACUGACAAGGGACGUCGAUGUCAUUGUCCAGCCGCCUUCCUGCAGAAAGAUAAGAUCAGUCCGGACGGAUACAUCUUCAAGGUAAACUGA